CAUUAUUAAUUACCAACUACAUCUAAUUAACCAAACAAUCAAGUUUAUAUUUUCUCCUAAUUAGUGGAAACAAUUCAUAACAAAGACUCCAAUAUGAAUUUGUCAACUCAUAAUCAUCAAGAAGUUGACCAGCAAAAGCACCAAGACAAUAUUGGCGUUGGCCGAUCUUACGAGUGUGUCUUUUGCAAAAGAGGAUUCAACACUGCCCAAGCUUUAGGUGGCCAUAUGAACAUCCACAGAAAGGACAGAAUCAGAAUAAACAGACCAAAUCAGAACCAGAACAACGGACGUUACCAUGCUGCCGCGGCCCAUGUAAAUUUCCGGACAUAUUUUCCGGCCUAUUCUUCCACAUCCACUACAAGCCCGUUCUUGAUGAACGGGCCUGAUAGUGGCUCGGAAGAUCACAACAAUACUCAGCAGUGUCUAAAUUUGUUUGGAGAUGAUUGGCGUAUGAGUUUGAGCUUGCAAUUUGGUGCGCAUGCAGUAGAAACUAUGGAAACUAAUAAAGGGACAGGAGAUGAUUUGGAUUUGGAGCUUCGGUUAGGCCAUGAUCCUUAAUUAUAUCUAAUUAGAGGAUUAUAAACUCUUGGAAUUAUGGAGUAAAGCAGGUUAUUGGUAAGUAAUAUACAUGUAUGUAGAAUAAUUCUAUAAGUUUAUCUGGAAAUCUGUCCUAAGUAGUACAAAUAUAGUAGGGUUUUGUAUUCAACGAGUGAUCAUUAGAGAGUGUAUUAUCCGUCUUCUAUUUUUUAUGUUCUAUAAUAUAAAAUAAUAGUUAUACUUAUAAACAAGAGUUCUUCUUAA